GCUGCAAUCCAACAAAUCGCGCUAACGAAUUCCUGUUUGCAGAUAAACAAAGUGAUCGUAAAAUGUUUGAAUCCAAGUGAAACUGAAAGUGGAUUUUAAUAAUGGUUACGAACAUUGCAACAGUGUUACUAACGAUGUAAGUGAUAAGCUGACGUUUUGAGAUGUUGGGUUCGGAGACCUAUUUGUGAAGUGGACUGUCUCACUGAAUGCCAGGAUGACGAUGAAAUCGCUGAAGUACAGCGAGCGGGAGAUGGAGGGUUUCAGCCCGGUGCCUCCUCCUCUGCCCCGCCGCCAACCACUCAGAAACAUAUACGCCGAGCCCUUCGUGGACCCUAGGUACACGUCACCGGGCGUGACUAACGAAUGGCUCGCCCUACAGACCCUAAAUUCUGAGUCAUUGGGCAGCGCGGCGAUGUCAAGCGGGAUGGGGGGAGGCACCCUGGGCAGCGGGCACUGCCAACUCGCCAACCAGCCUCUAGUCAUGCCAGUCGCCUUCCCCCUGCGGGCCAGCCAACCUAGUCCAGUCCCCGUGUACUCCCCCUCAAGGUUCCACAUAGACAAGCGGUGCCAACACCGCUGCACAUGGAAAUGCCUCGCCAUAGCUAUGAUUUGCCUCUGUGUGAUCCUAGCGGCGAUGCUAGCAUACUUUAUAGCAUUAUCGUCAAUUAAAAGUAAUAUAGACAAUUCAAAUUGCAUCUUAGUACAGGAUGUGAAAGCAGUUACACACGCACAAGGAAUAAGAGAUGCUUUAUCAACAACUUCGCCGUCAGAUGAAUCAAUAUCAACUUCUUCUCUUGGUGGGUGGUCAACGACAGUAGAAUCUGCUUUAGAAUCAGCUAUAAUACCUCAACAAGCACAACAGGCAGCACCACCACCUUGGUCUCCAGCGCUAGAAGUUAGAGAAUUCGACGAAUUACAUCACGCCACUAUACCAGCCUAUCAAUUCUGGAGUUCAGAAUUCCGGAAUAAACAGCCAGCCUACGUUAGCCUUAAUUUUACCGUGCCCUGGGGUGCCAAUUUUGCUGUUUAUGGUAGACGAAACGUGGCCCCUAGUGUUACACAAUAUGAUUUCGUAGAAUUUAUUCGAGGAGGCAGAGUAGAUCAUAGACUGCGAAGAAGACGGAGUCCACACAAACAUGAAAUUCAUCCACGUAGCCUUAAUGACUGGGAUGCAUUAUUGAGCACGAUUAGCCCGUUUCAAAGAUGGAACCACACGAUAAGCAGAAGAUCCACGGAUAUGCGGGUGAAUGUCACUAUAUUACAGUAUCUUGACACCGGUAGAUGGUUUAUUUCGAUAUACAAUGAUGAACUCCAACCGCAUAGCGUAGAAAUGAUCGUCUCUGAAGCCGAGGGUGUCACGAAUUCAUGCCCUGAUGAUUGUUCUGGUCACGGCUCAUGUUAUUUGGGGAAAUGCGAUUGUGUGGACGGUUACGAGGGCCACGAUUGUUCUAAGAGUGUUUGCCCUGUUCUUUGUUCUGGUCACGGCGCAUAUGCUGGAGGCAUUUGUCAUUGCUCUGAAGGUUGGAAAGGGGCCGAAUGUGAUGUCCCAGCUCAUGAUUGUGAACCAGCCGAUUGCUCUGGUCGAGGACAGUGUGUUGCUGGUCAUUGUCAUUGCAAAGCAGGAUGGAAAGGCCCUAAAUGCGACGAAGAGGAUUGCCUGGACCCAACAUGUGGGGGUCACGGGUCUUGCGUCCGUGGGCGGUGCGUGUGCCGCGCGGGGUGGCGUGGCGCGGCUUGCACGGAUCGUGACCCCAGGGUCCAGCGUUGUCUCCCGGCUUGCUCCCAGCGGGGUAUUUACGACCUCGACGCGGGUAGAUGUGUCUGUGACCCACUUUAUACAGGCGAUGAUUGUUCUCAAGUGGUCUGCUCGCUGGACUGUGGCCCUCACGGAGUAUGUGCGGAAGGCGUUUGUCGAUGUGAUGAAGGAUGGACGGGCUCGAUGUGCGACCAACGGCCUUGCGAGCCUCGCUGCCAUGAACACGGCCAAUGCAAAAACGGCACCUGCGUUUGCGCACAAGGAUGGAACGGCCGACAUUGCACACUUCCUGGUUGCCCCAACGGUUGCUCCCGUCAUGGACAAUGCCUUCUGGAAGAUGGUGUCUAUCGAUGUUCCUGCGCUGAUGGCUGGGCGGGCACUGACUGCUCUAUUGCCCUCGAAUUAUCUUGCAGCGAUAAUGAAGAUAAUGAUGACGAUGGCAUGACGGACUGCUCGGACUCGGAAUGCUGCACGCGGCCCGAGUGCGCUGAACACAUCAUGUGCCUCUCCUCCAACGAUCCCGUCGAAGUUCUCCUCCGCAAACAACCGCCUUCGGUCACCGCCUCCUUCUAUCAAAGAGUUAAAUUCCUGAUAGAGGAAAACUCUGUACAAAGCUACGCGCACAUGGAUGAAUAUUCAGAAAGCCGUGUGUCCGUGAUGCGGGGUCAAGUGGUCUCGCCUCAGGGGCUGGGGAUCAUCGGCAUCAGAGUGUCGGUGGACCGCGAGGCCAGAUUCGGCUUCACCCUCACGAGGCAAGGCGGAUGGUUCGACGUCCUGGUGAACGGUGGUGGAGCGGUGACCCUGCAGUUCCAGCGGUCUCCGUUCAAGCCCCUGAGGAAGACUGUCUUCGUGCCCUGGAACCAGAUUGUCGUGCUGCCACCAGUGGAGAUGGAACUCAGCGAUGAUAGCAUCAAAGUGCCAACACCAAGAGUGCCACCCCGGCUGGACUGGGCGUCAACCCCUCAAUGGUGGGAGUCAGCUGUUCCACCGUGCCCAGCUCACGACCACGAGCGACUUCGCCCUGAAGUGGUCGCUGUGCCGCCCCUCGCCGCGCCUGCAGCAUCCUCGCAUACCACUUCUACUGUCAUCUACCCUGAGGCUCAGAUCGUGAGCGAAUCCAUUGGUAUCCCCGGUUCUUCAGUGAAGCUGACGUACAGGUCCUCCCAGUCAGCGGGCUACCUGUCUUGCGUGCAUGUGCAGCUAACGCGGCGCGUCGUGCCCGCGUCUCUAACGCGCGUCCACGUGCGCGUCGAAAUAGAAGGCUCACUGCACACACACACUUACGAAGCCGAUCCUGAUUUGACUCAUGUGUUUGCUUGGAACAAACGAAACGUUUACAAACAAAAGGUCUACGGCCAAGCUCAAGCCAAAAUUUCAAUCGGUUAUGAAUACUCCUCCUGUGCGUCAAUCGUCUGGGAGACGCAAACCGCGACCCUGGCCGGCUUCGAUGUAGAUAUAUCAGACAUCGGCGGCUGGGGGCUUGACAUCCACCAUCAUUACAAUUUCCAUGAGGGUAUUCUUCAGAAGGGGGAUGGAGCCCUGCUUCAUUUGAAGCAGUAUCCAAGGACCGUACAGGUGGUAAUGGGUACUGGUCUCCGUCGCUCCCUGGACUGCCCCGACCAUUGCAACGGGAAGGCGGCGGACUCCCGACUCCUCACACCCACUGCGCUGACUUCUGGACCUGAUGGAUCUCUAUACGUGGGCGACUUCAAUUUCGUCCGCAGAAUCACUCCUGAGGGCGUUGUCACCACGGUUCUACAAUUAGAAACUACACAAGUCGCGUAUCAGUACUAUAUCUGCAUAUCACCAGCCGAUGGAAACUUGUACAUAUCAGAUUCAGAGAGACACCAAGUGCGCAAAGUGUUACUAUUGGAGAAAGUUCGCGACCCAGCAACAAACUCUGAACCAGUGGUUGGUAACGGUGACCGAUGCGUACCUGGCGACGAUUCUAAUUGCGGCGAUGAAGGACCUGCUAUCAAAGCCAAGCUGGCUCAUCCCAAAGGUCUUGCUAUUGCAGCAGAUAGAACUAUGUAUAUUGCCGACGGAACAAACAUUAGAGCAGUCGAUCCAAAUGGAAUCAUCCAUACACUCGUUGGUCAUCAUGGUCACCACAAUCACUGGUCGCCUGUUCCGUGCCGUGGUGCAAUACCUCCAUAUGAAGCACAAUUACAGUGGCCUACCGGAGUAGCAUUAUCACCACUGGAUGGAUCGCUUUACUUCAUUGAUGAUAGAAUAAUUCUUAAACUAACAGUUGAUAUGAAAAUAAAAGUAGUCGCUGGACAACCUUCUCACUGUCGGCUAGGAAGCGAUGGUAAACCGAUCAGCAAGACCACUAACAAAACAAACACAGAGUUCAGAGAAGAUUCAAGUCUGGGCACGAUAUUAGCUAUAGCUUUUGCACCGACUGGAAUUUUAUAUGUGGCCGAAUCUGAUGCUAAGAAAUCAAAUACGAUCAAAACUAUCGAUCCAUCUGGGAAGAUCAUGCAUUUCGCUGGAAAAGUACAAGAGAACUUGAAAGAAUUGAGUUGUGAAUGCAACUCGUCAAUGUCAGCAACAGUUCUACCUACAAACUCCAGGGAUGAAGGUGCAGGUUGUCCGUGUAAACUUAGUGUUGUGGCUGGGGAUGAACCGCCUACAAGUACAGAAACAUUGUUAUCAUCCAAUGCAAAGUUCCAAACAAUAUCUGCUUUAGCUGUUACACCUGAUGGUGUCCUAAAUGUCGUUGAUCAAGGAUCUCUACACAUCUUGGCUCUAAAACACUAUCUGCCAUCCCAUGACGAAAAUGGAGAAUUCAGAAUACCAUAUCCGCCUACUUCAGAAAUCUAUGUGUUCAACCGCUAUGGACAACAUAUCACCACAAAAGACUUGACUUCUGGCAAGACUAGAUAUUCAUUCCUUUAUUCUAAAAAUACAAGCUUUGGUAAACUAUCUACUGUAACUGAUGCUUCAGGAAAUAAAAUACAACUCUUAAGGGACUAUAGCAAUGUUGUCAGCUCGAUCGAAAAUACGCAAGACCAUAAAUUAGAACUAAAAGUAUCUGGUAUUGGGUACCUGACACGGAUAACAGAAAAGGGUACUACAGAAAUAGAAAUGGAUUAUGAUGCUAAUACAGGAUUACUCAACAGCCGAUCAGGGGCUGGUGAUACUGUCAUUUAUAAUUACGACGAGUUGGGACGCGUCACAAAAAUAAUUAUGCCUUCAGGAGAGCAAGUCCAAAUAUCAUCUGGCUUAGCUAAAAAUUACGGGCUUGCCGUUACAGUUUCUAAUCCAUCAAGCACUAUUCCCGUUGGUGUUGCCAAGAAAUGUGAAUAUGUGUUACACGGUCAAUCAUUCAAACAGAUCACAAUAAAUAACGGAAAGCAAGUUACCGAAGGCAGAAUUUAUACCAACAAUACAUUAGUCCUAGAUACACCAUGGGGAGGAAAGUUUGAAAGUAUUGCAGCCGCUAAACAUCCUCUAUUAGAAGCCGCUCUACCUAUUGAAGCUGAGAUGCUCCAUAUGUGGUCACAUCAAACAACUACAUUUGGCGAUGGGCUCAUUAACAACAUGUAUUCCCUUUACACUCUUGUGGGAGAUGUAAGAAAUCCUCAACAAACUCUGAACCGCGAGAUUUGGGUUAACGAUUCUCGAGUUCUAAUUAUAGAGUUUGAUCAAUUCAAGAGUCGUGAAACUUUCUUCAAUGCUGACAGAAAUCCAUUAUUUACUAUAGCGUAUGACGUAGCCGGAUUACCUCUUUCAUUUACCCCUCAUGGCGCUGGCGUUCCUCUUAAUAUUUCAUAUGAUCGAUUCUACAGGGUAAAUGGUUGGAAAUGGGGCGAGACAGAAGAAACAUUUAGUUACAAUUCUCAUGGGAUGUUAGCGGAAAUAACAAGUCCUCAAGAUGGAACGAAAUUUAUUUAUUAUAAUGACGGAAAUCUAGUUUCCAAGAUUUCUUUAGCCAGUCAAAGAAGUUUCAAAUACGUUUACGACGAUGAUGGAGGUUUAACACAUGUAAUUUUACCGUCUGGAAGUAACCACUCCUUCAGCGUACAACCAUCUAUUGGGUUCUUGAGAGUGACAUACACGCCACCAGGGUCAUCUAGGAAAUAUUUGCAGCACUACUCCCAUACUGGCGAACUCUUACAAACAGUAUUUCCUGGCGAUGGAGCAAGAGUAGUGUACCGUUAUUUUACGACGAACAAAGUUUCGGAAGUAGUCCAUGGCGAUGGACAGACCCAAAUACACUAUGCAGAAAACAGUGGACUGCCAUCGGAAAUACUGCACGUAGAUCGCGAUGUAGACUAUCGAUGGGAAUCUACUUAUGCAGGUGGUCUUCUCAUGGAAGAGAGACUUGAUUAUGGAGCUAAAACUGGUCUAAGUAAUGCUAAAAUAAUUUAUGAAUACGACAACAAUUACCGAGUGACGUCGGUUCAAGGCCGUAUUGGUGGUCAGACUUUAAUACCUCAUCACAUCGUCUAUAACUCAAAGACAGGAGAACCUGAGAUUCUUGGGCAGUUUACUGUGUCAAAACAGAAAUGGAAUGAGACAUCAGUUUUCGACGGUAUCGCAAUGUUUUCUCGGGCACUCGAUGAGCAAUUCCUAGAAAAGGAAGUUACUGUAAAUAUUCACAGAAUGGAAGUAUUCCGAAUGGAAUUUUCAUACGACAAACAUGGUAGAAUUUCUCAAACAAGAACACACACAAGGAAUGUCGGAGUAAAUACAUACACGAAUGUUAAAAAUUAUACAUGGGAUUGUGAUGGUCAACUCACUGGUGUUGAAGCACAGGAACCUUGGGGCUUUAGAUAUGAUGACAAUGGAAAUAUGCUAUCAUUGACUUAUAGGGGAAAUACUAUCCCAAUGGAAUAUAAUGACAUGGACCGCAUCAUAAAAUUCGGCGAAGGGCAAUAUCGAUAUGACAGCCGUGGAUUGGUUUCCCAAAAUGCUAGAGAAGAAAGGUUCCAGUAUAAUUCGAAAGGCCUUUUGAUUAGGGCCAGCAAACGCGGAAGGUUCGAUGUUCGCUACUACUAUGAUCAUUUAGACAGGCUGUCAACUAGAAAAGAUAACUUUGGAAACGUGACGCAAUUCUUCUACACAAACAAAGAGAAACCACAUGAAGUCAGCCAUAUUUAUUCUCCACGAGAAAAUAGAUUUAUGACUUUGGUUUACGAUGACAGAGGACAUCUCAUCUAUACUCAGGUUGCCCGUCAUAAAUACUACAUCGCUACUGAUCAAUGCGGAACGCCUGUGAUGGUCUUUAAUCAAUAUGGAGAAGGCAUUCGAGAAAUCAUGAGAUCCCCAUAUGGUCACAUCGUUUAUGACUCGAAUCCCUACCUGUACCUCCCAGUAGAUUUCUGUGGUGGUCUCUUGGACCAAGUGACGUCGUUGGUACACAUGGCCAAUGGAAAGGUCUACGAUCCUCUAAUAGGACAGUGGAUGUCACCGCUUUGGGAAAAUUUGAUAGAGAGAAUCCAUAAUCCGACUCAAUUGCACCUAUACAGAUUCAACGGCAACGAUCCUAUCAACGUGAGACCACAGAACAAGAAACCUACAGAUCAUUUAUCAUGGUUGAAACUGCUAGGCUACGACACCAAGAGCCUUGCUCCUCAACUAUAUCCAGACGAAUUACCUGGUGGCUCUGUGCUACCCAGCAUACCUCGAGGACGCCCAGUGUGGGGUGUCGCCCCUACAGACUCCAGCCCCGGUCUGCCGUCCGCCAUGUCGCUACUGCCAACCGUCACCAUAGAAUCUGGAUUCCUGUCUCACAUGUCUAACAAACGGAUAGCAGACUUCAGAAGCCUUUCUAUACCAGCAAUGUCUGCUCUCAAAACGGAUGCUUUGAACUUAGCUCCCAAACGCAUCGGCUCAGAUUCUGAACCUCCAUUUGGAAGAGGGAUUCUCGUAUCACGAAACUCACGUGGACGAGCGGUCGUAACCGCUGUACCCUCUGCCAACGCCAUAUACAAAGAUGUAUACACGUCAGUCUUCAACCGCUCUCAUUUACUGCCUUUCUCUUUUAUCGUGCACGGAGACCAGCAAGAUGUAUUCUAUUUCGUAAAAGAAGAGACAUGGCGCGCCGCUGACGAUAAACAGCAACUUAAACGAAUGCAGGGUAAAUUAAACGUUACCUUCCACGAGGUAGCGGAAGGCGGAAGGUCGUAUGCUGACGUGAAAAUUCAUGGAAAGACGAGUAUAGUGAAUCUGCGGUAUGGCACGAGUGCCGAAAGAGAAAGACAACGAUUGUUGCAUCACGCUAAAGCCGCAGCGGUGCGCAAAGCGUGGCACAGAGAGCGCGAGACGCUGCGCAGCGGGCUCGGCGGUUCGUUGGAGUGGUCGGCGGCCGAGCUAGACGAGAUACAGAAGGCUGGUUCCGCAGUCGGCUACGAGGGCGAGUACGUCCACGACGUGGCGCGCUAUCCGGAGCUAGCAGAGGACCCCUACAACAUCCGCUUCGUGAAGAAGCGCGCGGACCGCGCCGAGCGGCGGCGGCGGAAGCGCGAAGAUUGCAGCGCGCCCUGGUGGCUCGCAUGGAACGAUUGCUAGUGACGUGCCGCCAUCCAUAUGCCAAAUCGAGUGAAUGAAAUCGACGCGUGAGUGAACGGUGACGUAUGAACCUGUGAGUGUCUGUGAAUAUAUUUUGUAAAUAGUCUCUAUUAAUUGUUAAUUGUUGAUGUAUGUAUGUACGGUAGACGCGAAUCCCUAUCGCUAUGUAAAUAAUAAAAUUUAAUUUGCAGGGAGAGAAUGGACCUUUUGAGAGGACUGAUAUUAAAUAAAUGUAAUGUAUGUAUAAAUAAGACAAUUUAUGUGAAUAUGAAAUUAUUUAUACUUAUUUAUCGGUAAAAAAGCUUCGAUUGUGUCCAAUGUUCUUAUAAAAUUUAGAUGAAGACUAUUUGAAAGA